AAAACAGGGAAAUACCAGGGAAUUUUGCAUACCAGACUAAAGAUAGAAAUUUUCAAUCACAACUAAUUCUGAAAAUAACCCGAAUUUUUGUAUUCGGGGAAUACACAAAAACCUUUAACAUAUUUUUCUAAGGAAAAAACUUUCUUGCACAGUUUUACUGCAUUUUCAAGUAUUGUAGAACCUAUAUCGCGUUACGUCGAUAUAUCGAUUUCUGGCCCGUGAUAUCGAUUCGGCCACGCUCGCAGAGUUUCGAGAGAUACGAGGUUAUAUAACAGUUAUCAAUAUGGCGAUGGCGGUGGUGAUAACUUUUGGACUGCUUUCAUAUGUGAUUUGUUGACAUUAAUUACAGUAAAUCAUGUGUUCGUUUUAAUGAAAAUAAAAUGGCUUACAAAGCCAAAUUCAAAACAACGUGGUUACAGGACCCUGACUGUAAGGAUUAAAGCCGUGUGUUACUGACCCAUAUUCAGCAGUGUGUAGUUUUUGCAAUACUACAUUUGCAUUAAGCAACAUGGGUAAACGUGCAGUACAAAGCCACCAGCUCGGUAAAAAACAAAUUAAAAUGGUGGGAAACAGAAUUGUGGUCGGUCAGAAUACUGCAAGUAUCAAUGAAUGGACCGAACGUAAACCUGAAGUUUCACAAGGACCUUAUUGAUGAUUUCACCUCAGAUGAUCCUGAUAGUCCAGAACCACUCAGUAUUGGCACUUGUGGUCUUCACAGACUUCACUGUGCUUUCAAGGCAGCAAUGCAGUCAACUCAGUGGGAUAUUGUUGGUUUUCUUAGAUCAUUGUACAAUUUGUUCAAGAAUGUUCCUGCUCGUAGAGCAGACUAUAUUCAUUACAGUGGAUCUACCAAUUUUUCUCUUAAGUUUUGUGCUGUCAGGUGGCUGCAAAAUAUUGAAGUGGCUGAAAGAGCUUUUACUAUUCUUACAUGUAUAGAAAAGUAUGUGGCGGGAGUUCAAGCUGCCAAGAAAGUGCCAGGGUGCCGAAGUUUUCAAGUUGUGUCUGCAGCGAUAAAGGACAAACUGUUAGCUGCAAAAUUGGCUUUCUUUCAGUCAGUAGCUGCAGAAGUGGAACCAUUUCUUCGUGUAUUUCAAGCAGACACCCCGCUUGCACCUUUUUUGUAUGAAUACCUCAACAAGAAUAUGAUCUCCUUAGGUAAGAGGUUUAUAAAGCCAGAAUUCCAAACAGAAUUUGAAUCAAAAUUAAUCAUUUCAGAGGAAAAGUUAAUGACUGCCAAAAACUUUGACCUGGGAUAUGGAACAAGAGAUGCCCUCCGCAAAGUGAAGAAUGUCACAGAGAAAGAUAUAUUGGUUUUUCGACAAGAGUGUAAAAUUUGCCUGAAAACAUUUUGUAAUAAACUAUUAGUUUCAUCACCACUUCGUUACAAGCUGACAAAAGGGAUAUCAUGUUUGGAUCCUGGGGUGGCUCAGCAUGCAUCAGUUCGCGACAGAAGGCUCUGUAUAGCAUUGGAGGUACUAGUAACGAAGAAGUGGGUGUCUGGUGCAGGGAGAGCAGAUCAUAUUGAUCGGCAGUUCAAAAGUAUUUGCUGUGCUUCAGAUUUUGUUGGAAAAAUGAAAGGUUUUUCCAAGAAAAGUGACAGAUUGAAAACAUUGUGGUUGAGCCUUAUUGCUAGUGAUGCCGAAUAUGGUGAUUUGAAGGCUUUUCUGAAAAUAGUAUUUCUCAUUUCACAUGGAAAUUCAGCUUUAGAAAGAGGAUUUUCUUUAAAAAAGAGUGCAUUGUAGAAAAUCAAUGUGAGGCAUCACUUAUUGGAUUGCUCAAAGACAAGUGUACGAUGCGGUACUAGCAGUUGGUGGUGUAGAGUACAUAUACUGAAGUGACAAAGGUAUUGAUUCACGCAGCUCGUAAUGCUCAAUCACGAUAUGCAGAAGCAUUAGCACAGCAAAAAAAGGAAAAGGAGUCCCAGUGUGAAGCAGAGCUGCAGCAAAAGCGUGCAAUGAAAAGAGAUUCAGAACUUGAGGUUAAUAAGAGGAAAAUUUUGGAAGAAGCCCAAUUACAAGCACGUAUCAUUGAAGAAGAGAUUAGGUCUCUUCGAAAGAACUAAGAAAUUCCCGAGUGUGUGUAUUAUAAAAACUCCUACUUGAUUGCAGUUAUUUAUAUUUUUGUAUAUUUCUUAAUUUGCCCCUUAUUAUUAAAAUAUUGUCUUUGUUGAAAACAUUAUUACGGGUACUUGCAAGAAGAAAGCACAAAGUUUGCUGUCUACACCAAGAAAAAUUAGAAGUGAUUCAUAUAGAGGUACAUAUUUAUGACAAUAUAUUUUAUUAUUUAUAACAUUAUUUUAUUCUCAUAGCAUUUGUUCAUUUAUAUAAAAAGUGGUUCUAAAAAUAUUGUGAUCCAAGUAUUAUUGAGAAAGUUAUUUCAUAACAGGGAAGUUUUUUGGAAUUACUCUGGAAAACAGGGAAAACACAGGAAAUUUCAAACCUUAAGUUCUGUAGCCACCCUGUCUCAACAAAAAGUUGGAAAUGAGUAGGAGGAGGAAUGGUACGGUUGAUGAUUUAAUAGGCAGGAUUAAUUGUAGAUUCGAUCAGAUGAAUUGAGUUGAUGGUGGUGUUGAAAAAAGUCACUCAUAAGAGUGGGGAACUGUGUUAAUAAGGUUCCUUUUAUUAUGGACAGAAAGGAUGUGCCUCAGUGUUUUGUUUCCAAUUGCGAUCACAUUUAAGAGGAAAUAGCAUCCUGGGAUGCGUGCUGGAAAUGGUGGUAUCGCAUGUUUAGAGGGUGAACAUGCAAGGGCCGCCAAUAGGGUUGGUCCAGUUUCUGAGAUUUUGGAUUAUCCUCACUGGCCGUCUAAACUUUCUGGCCAUGACUAAAAUCGUGAACAUUAGCAACAAAACCCUUGCUGUGCCAAAGGAAAAAGUCGUAGGAUUUUCCAUACUUGUGGAGGAAAAUGCUAAGAUGCUACUUUGUAAAUGUGAACACCGUAGAUCCAAAGAGUUAAAUUUUUUGAGUCAUUACAAGUAAAACCACUGAGAAAAAUCCUGCACAAACUGAAAACAAGUGCUCAUUUUCAUGCUUCAAAACAGUUUUCAUUCCAUCAAGUGAGAAAGACUGUACAGAGGGUAGUGUUUUUUGCGAGGUCAAGGAGCAGGACUACCUAUGCAACACACAUCCAAAAUGUUUAGUUUGCUAUCAAAGUAAAAGUUCAGAAUCCUGUAGAGAAAAUAAAAAACAUAGAGAAUAUGAAGUGGUUGAUAAUACUGGACGAAAAUAAAAUUUGUGAGAACUGUACUAUGGUACCACAAAAAGGCAGUUAAAAGGUGUGUGUAAAGCUGAUAGAAGAUAGUGUAGAUGUCACGCAAAAUAAAUUUAACCACAUUAAGGGCUAUGCACAUCAAGUAUUAUGCAUUAAUGAAAGAAAAUUAUAUCACAAAUUGUAAAGGUGGCAAUAAUGUAAUUUGUCUAGAAAUUUUAUUAACAUUCUCAGUGAAUAUUCAGAAUAAUCAGGCUAAUUUGCGUGUCGUAAGUGAUGCAUUUCUCCCUGUAUUCAUAUCAGCCAAGAGAGACAGUUGGUUUCAUUUCCUUCCCAGUAAAAUAAAAAUGAUGAGUUUGUCUGAAUUAUGUUAAGGGAAACAGGAUCGAGGAGGAGUGGAUCUUGGUUCGAGGAGUUUUUUCCCAGUCAACGACCCAGAUGAAGAAGCAACAGCUGCAUGAGCUGUGCAUGAGCCCAACAGCUAUUUCCAAAGUGCCUUCUUUACAGAAAGAAGAUCCCACAGCCACAUCAUAUUUUGUGAACAAAGUUGUGCAAUAACAUGAGUACAAUUUUCAUCAAAUAAAAUGGCCCCAAAGUGUAUUCAAAACAAAGUUACCACAAAUAUUGUUAUAAGAAAUGAGUUCAAUAAUAAUGAUGUCUUUUAUUAAGUGUUUAUGUCUAGCAGGUAAUAAUUGAA